CCACCCGCAGUCUCCCUUACUUUCCCUCCACCACAUCAACAUUGUGGACCCGGUUUUUCCGUCUAUGAACCGGUCCGAGUCGAUCAAUCACCUCAUGAAGCCUGGGAGAGUCGAUCAAUCCCGACUCGCACAGCAAACCAUAUGCUACCAGAGGGAGAUGAAUUGGUCCGUCUCCGUCUCGUGGGGCUACUCAGCCCACAUUUACGAGAGCAUACUGCCUCGAUACAUUCUUCGGAAGCCCAUUGAGACUUUCAGGCCCUGGAUGGGGGAAGCAAAGUGGCCCAUGUUUAUGUUCAACACAAGACCCGGCGACAGUACUAACCCAUGCGAGGUCCCACACUGGUUCUUCUUGGAGUCCAUCCAACUUGGGAAUGAAGAUGACAUUGUUACGACUUACAGUAGAGCAGCCAAGCGUGGGCUCAUCCCUUGCUCACUCGGCGGGAACCAUUCUGCAGAUCAUAUCGACAGAAUUCAGGUUUUCUCUCCCGCAAAAACACGCCUCGAGGCAGGAAGAACAGAGUGCUGUGAUGUAUUAUCAAUAGCAGAGAAGAAUACCACAACGGUCAGAAUCAGGCCUUGCAUGGAAGCUGAAGAGAUUGCAUAGCACCAUAUCUAUACAUAUACAGAUAGAGAUAAACAGUAGAGAUAUUUGCUCUUUUAUGUCUCUCUUUUUUUUCUUUUUAUUUUUUUGCUGGGCAAAAGUAAUCAUAGCAAUACAAUCAAUUAAGAGUAGAGGCUUCCAAAAUCUAUCUAAAUCAAAUUGCAAGGGAGCGGUAGUUUCUAAUCUGAAAUGAAAUUUCUCCCAAUAGUGCUCCAAAAUCCUCUUAAAAGUCAGACAAUGAAGA